AUGGCAACCGCUGCAUCAUCCACAAGAGCCUUGAAUGCUAUUCUCCCUCAGAUAUCCACAGCUCCUUACGAGGCUCACCAAAAGGCUCGUACAUUCGCCUCCCGAUAUGUCAAAUCGAAUCAGUACGACACAGCGAUCGAUGUUCUCUUCCAAAGCGCAAGAGAACUGAUCAAGGCAGGCCAACCGGGGAGUGGAACAGAUCUCACGACAUUCAUGCUCGACGUUUAUGAAACCAAAGCAGAGCCUGUGAACGACGAGAGUCGGGGAAGGCUCACACAACUCAUCGCUCUUACCGGUCCCGAUGGCGGAUGGAGGAAAACGAUGAUCGAUAAAUCUAUCGCAUGGUCAGCUAAACACGGAACAUGCCCCGCAGGAGACCCAGACCUGCAGCAUUAUGUUGGCGAAUUGUUGUAUAAAGAGGGUUCAUUUGAAGCUGCUGAAACCCACUUCCUCGCCUCGGGAAAGCGCGACAGUGCUCGCCUUUUGGCAGAUAUGUUUCUUCAAUGGGCAGCAGAAACCAGUUCUUACGGCGUGUUUUCCGUUCGAGGGACUAUACCAUACCUUCAAAAUGGGAAUAUCAUGGCUGCGAAAACCUUCAUCAAGCAUUACACCUCUGGCCUUCCCGCGUCCAUCCGGAUAGAAUCAGACGCAGUGAUCAAUGUAGGAGAGAAGGAUGAAGUGAUUAUGAUCAAGGAUUCUCUCGUGAACUUUGCCCAGAUGGCGGUCCUCACUUGCCAGCGUGCGCAAGGCGACCAGAACAAAGUCAUGAGAGAAAGCUGGGUACGGCUUUGUGGGACAUAUCAGGGCAAGAUCGGUCUUCUAGCAACACCCGAAAUGCGAGCAUCAUUGAACGAAAUUGCGACAUUGUACUUUGCCAUUCCUCCACCACGCAGUCAGGCAGGUAAUCCGUUCGGAGAGAUGAUGUCGUCUUUGUUUGGAGGGCCGUCUCAAUCGCAACCCACAAGAAGGACGUUAACUCCUGCAAAUACAUCUUCGCCUGGUUUGGAUUAG